GGGCGCGGCCGGAAGCGCAGAAGAGGCCGGGCGGGCCAUGGCCGACGCUGGAGCUGGGAGGGCCGGGGGCUCGCGCCGGGGCCGGGGCCGGGGACCGCGGAGGCCCCCGACCUGGGAGAUCUCGGACUCGGACGCCGAGGGUUCCGCCGGCGAGGCCGCCGCGACCGUCCGGGACCCGGCGGAGGAGCGCAGGGCGGCGGCCAAGGCACUGCGGCGGCUGCGACCCGAGCGGGCCGUGCGGCGCCUGGCGGUGCUCGUGGACCCAGCCAUCCUGGAAGAUGCUGCUGCCGACAUCCUGAUGGAGGCCUUGGACACCCUGAGCUGUGAGUACCGUGUGGAGCCCCAGCGCCCUGCCCGGAGCCUCAGGUGGAGCAGAGUGAAGCCAGAUCCUUGCCCUCCCGGUGUGCCUCCUGAGGUGUGGGCUGCAGAUGAGCAGGACCUGCUGCUGCUGCUGGAGCCCCAGGAGUUUCUGCAGGGCGUUGGCCAGCUGAUCCAGAGCAGUGGCCCAACCUGUUCUGUGCCCUGGAUCUGUCCUGAGAGCCCUGCCCGCCCCCACCUGGCUGUCAUCGGGUUGGAUGCUUACCUCUGGUCUCACCAGCCCAGCACCCAGGAGAUGCAGCAGCCAGAGAAUCCAGUGGUGGCCCGUGCCAAGGUGGCAGUCGGCUGGCCCGAGGUGGAGGAGGCGCUGGUGCUCCUACAGCUCUGGGCAAACGUGGAUGUGCUGCUGGUGGCCUCCUGGCAGGAACUGAGUCAACACGUGUGCGCAUUCACCAAGGCCCUUGCCCAGCGCCCCUUCAAGCAGUCCCGGGAGCCGAGGGCCUUCUCCUUCUGCACCGCAGGGCGCUGGGCAGCAGGAGAGCAAGUGGCAAGAGGUGGCACAGGGCUGCGGGCGGCCUGGCGGUGGCAGAUCCAGCAGUUCAACCGCGUCAGCCCAGCCGUGGCCGAUGCUGUCGUCGCCGCCUUCCCCUCUCCCCGGCUUCUGCAACAGGCGUACGUGACCUGCAGCACGGAGCAGGAGCGCCUGGUCCUCCUGGCUGGCCUGCCUGUGAAGACGGGCGAGGGUGCGCGGCCCCACAGGGUGGGGCCUGACCUUUCCCGCCGCCUCUGCCUCCUCCUAACCGCCACCAACCCCGACCUCCUGCUGGACCUGGGCUGCUGACCACGCCAUGGGCCUGCCGCUGGCAGAUUUGACGCAGCCGCCGCAGGCACUGACCAGAAACCAGAGGGAGUGGGGGGCAGGAGGGCAAGCCACGCGGAACAGCCAGUUCUAGGGCUCUCGGCCAGUUCUGCCCCCAGGGGGUGGAGGGAAGCAGGGAAAGUUCUCAUGUAACUGGGAUGGGCAGGAGAGGAGAUUCUUGUCUGGCCAGGAGAUGUGAGCCGGCUGGAAAGUCUGGAGAAGCAGGGGCAGCAUUCAGGUGCCCUGGGCCCUGCACAGCCUGGAGGAGGGGGUGGAAGCCACCCAGGACAGUCGGGAAGGGCUGGGGAGCACCUCAGGCAGGUGCCCAGGGCACACGCCAGUCCCCUGGAGGCUUGGCAUUGGCUCUGGAGAGGAAGAGCUGUAAGGAAGCUCUGAGGGAAGAAGAGAAGCAGGCCACCGCCUCCCGAGGGUGUGCGACACCCCAACGGGAGCUGGGCUGUGCGCCCCAGCCUUGGCCCGGCCCC